AUGAAAUUUUAAAACCCAAAAGGCAUCUUGUCUGUGAUCUUUGUCUAUGGCAUCAUCUUGAGUGAGUAUUAUGUAUUUGUAUUUCAUUAUUUACCUUAUAGAUACAGCAAUGUAUUAUAUUUAUCAUUAAUAUAGAAUAGUGGAUCCACAAUCAUCAUUGGGAUUGAAUUUACACUCAUCUACUUCAUGAUUCAUUGGGCCUACAUCCAAGCACAAAUCCAAUCCCCAGGACAUCCCUCUCCUGAUUUGGUAUUCGCAUCCCCCCCUAAUCUUAGGCCAAAAAUUACCAAGAACAUACUCUCGAAGAAAUCAAGAGCAGAACCAAAAAACACUCAGAAAUCAUCCAAAAAAAACGAAAACAAAAACUAAUGAAGAAAUACGAAUUGGCCAUCGAUGAAGAAGAUGAAUUAUUGUACUCCCCAUAUCAUAUCAUUUAUCUAGUGACAUCAUUUAAGCCAUGCAACUUGAUUCCUAUUGUUUCAAAUGCAAAAAUGUCAAAUAACCCAGAACCCAUCAUUGCAAAGAAUGUAAUAAAUGCAUUCUCAGAAUGGUAUUACACAACAACUUAAAUAGGAUCAUCAUUGUCCCUGGGUCAACAAUUGCAUAGGAUAGAAGAAUCACAGAUUCUUUUGCCAAUUCAUUAUCUAUGCAUUACUGUGCAUGUCCCAAUGUGUCAUCUUCAUCACAAUCGAACUCCUUGGUGACACCCAACUCAAAGGAGAUUCAAAAUUCCUUUGUCAAAUGUGUGUACUAACUUCCUUCCUCCUUUGCCUCUCCAUGGGAACACUUCUAGCAUUUCAUCUGUAUCAUAUUGCCAAAAAUGUAACAACCGUUGAAUUCCACAUCGAAGAAAUGAAAACAGACAAUCCAUUUUCAAAGUCAAAGGUAAUUGACAAUUUUAAAGAACUCUUUGGCUCUGAAUAUAUCUAUUGGAUUCUGCCCUUAACCCAGAGUGAAAGUAAAGUUAGAAUUAAACAUGACUCAUUCGAAUUAUGA